GUAAAUUCCAAGCAUCAAAAUCAUCAUCAUCAAAAAUGUAAAAAUCACACAUACACACCCAAUCACACAAACUCUUUCCGAUUGAUUAAUUGAUGAAGAAUUAAUUCGAUGAAAAAGUCAACAAAAUGACGACGACAACAGCACUAAUCACCGGCGAUCGGUAUCUCGAAUCACUAGUAAAAUUCGUAGAGAAACAAGCCGGUCCAUUAAUUGAAGGAACCCUAAUUCUAAAACUAAAUCCAGUAGGUCUUCACUACGUCCAAUCACGUCUCGAAUCGUUAUCGGAACUCGAACGGUUACUCUCCGGAGCUCCGGUAGACUAUCUCCGAGCAUAUGUAUCCGAUUUAGGCGAUCACCGCGCUCUCGAACAAUUACGGCGGAUUUUACGGAUACUUACGUCGAUUAAAGUCAUAUCGUCAUCAUCAUCAGUGAUAAUUGGACAUGAUGAAGGAUUGUGUAGAAGACGAGAUCCGACGCCGUUGUGUUUGUUGCCGUUUGGAAGAUUGAAGGUUCUGGAACUCAGAGGAUGUGAUUUGUCUAGCUCUGCUGCUAGAGGUUUGCUUGAACUUAGACAUACUCUUGAGAAGAUUAUUUGUCAUAAUUCUACUGAUGCGCUUCGACAUGUUUUUGCUAGUAGAAUUGCAGAGAUAGAGCACUCUCCUCAGUGGAAGCGAUUGUCAAUUGUAUCUUGUGCUUAUAAUGGCCUGGUUUUGAUGGAUGAUUCUUUGAGGCUCUUGCCAGUUGUUGAAACCCUUGACUUAAGUAGGAACAAGUUUGCGAAAGUGGAUAAUCUUUGGAGAUGUAGCAAGCUGAAGCACCUGGAUCUUGGUUUUAAUCAUCUGAGAACCAUUGCAUCCUUUAGUAAGGUCUCAUGUCAACUUGUGAAACUAGUGCUGAGGAACAAUGCUCUUAGUACCAUGCGUGGGGUGGAGAAUCUAAAAUCACUUGAGGGGCUUGAUCUUUCUUACAAUAUUAUAUCUAACUUCUCUGAGAUUGAACUCUUGGCUGGUCUUCCAUCACUCAAAACUUUGUGGUUAGAAGGAAAUCCUGUCUGUUCUGCAAACUGGUACAGAGCACAAGUGUAUAGCUUCUUCUCUGAUCCAGAGAAGCUGAUAUUGGAUGACAAAAAGAUUUCUACUAGAGAAGGCUGGAAGCGACAGAUUAUUAUUGCCAGUAGGCAUAAACAGCCAGCUAGCUUUGGAUUCUAUUCCCCAGCCAAAGAUGAGGCUGAAACGGAGGGGAGUGUUACGACAAAAAUGAAGAAGCUAUCUCGUGUUGCCAGUAUUGAAAGUGAAAGCACCAGCACAGUUGUGGAUUCUGAUAACGACUCAAUCACUUGUGAUGAUGAGGAACAUGGCAAACAGGAAAAUGGUGAUGUAAAUAAAGGAGCUGGAAUUGAUGAUUUUAUGAAAAGAAUUGAGUUCAUGAAAAGAGAGCAUUCUCCUCUAUGGCAGGAGGAGGUUCAACGGUGGAUGACUCAUGUUUCUGAUGAUCAUAUGAGUGAUACCUCAAGUGGGAUUGCCUUGAUUUCUAACAAGGUAUCUAAUUCUAGAAAGAAAAGAAGGUUGAAACAUUUUGGUAAAAAAACAAGAUAUAUAUCAGGCUCUGCUGAAGUUUUUGAACGUGACCACCAUAUGGAACUUCAAGAAUCUUAUUACCCAUAUGAUGAUAUGUGUAUCAAUACUGUUUCACAUGAAACUGAAGAAGGGUCUGUUUCAAAUCAUAUCAAACUGAAGUCCUCUGACGAUAAAAUAAUUAAUCCCACUAAAAGUAUUCAACCACCAGCAGAUGAGGGGGCAUAUUCUGUCACUGGCAUCGAAGUUGAAGAAGCCGAAAUGAAAUUUUUAGAAACUGUCAAUGAUAUUACCGAUGCUUGUUCAGUUGAUGCAGGAUCACCUCCUCAUUAUCAAGAAGACAUUCUGCAUCGUCGCCACAACCUGGAAGAAGAAUUCCUUCAGUUAUCCGCCGAGUCAUUUUCGGUAGUAUCUUCAGAUAGCUAUUCAAGUGAUAGUGGAGAUGAUUAUGCUGAAAUUGGAUCCAAUAUACAUAAUGAAUCUACCACCGAUGAUCUUUCAAGAAGUAUGGAGAGCCUAUCAUUCUCCCCUUAUGAUGAUGUACAUAAAAUGAUAGAAAAUGGCGCAUGUUCUGUGAACACCUUCAAUACAGAUUCCAGGGACACUGAACAGUUUGGCAACCAUCACCAAGGGAAUGGUGAAAUUGUUGGUCUUGUGAGGCAAGAAGCAAAUUGGUUGGAGAAGAAAAGCAAAAGAAAACCAAAACCAAGAGUUGUAUCAUUAACAGAGAAGACACAAACAGAUGAUGCAAUUGAUUCAUAUGAUUUGAAGUACAGUGCUUAUGAUGUGCAAGAGGCCUAUAGACGAGAGUCGGAAAUUUGUGAUUACCAGAUGAUGGUUGACGGUAGAGGAGAAGAGAGUAUUGCUGAAACAAGUGUUCCAGGCGCCAGAAUAGAAGAAUUUAUCUUAAAUAAAUUCAAAGUAGAUCUUGCAGAUUUUGGGGUUCAAGAAACAUGUAGGCAAUUUGUGUGCUGCAAUUGUUUGCAUGAGGAUCGAUCUGGGUGCAAUAACAGUGGAACAACGCUAUUGCUGAGCUGUGAACAAAAGUUGUAUGUUGUGCUCCUCAAUGGCCGACAUGAUGGGUCAGGAUCUAGCCGGAGUCUCAGUCUAGUAGGUUGCCUCGGGACUGAUGAUGUCAAAGAGGUUCUAGUAGGUUUAGGACUUCAGGCAGUGAGGGUAUAUGGUAAGCGAGGGGCAAGGUAUACGCUCAUAACAAGGAGCGUAGAGAAAUCACGGCUGCUUAUAUCUAUGCUGGAAUGCUUUCAUUCAAAUGCUAAGAAGAAAGGGUUUCCUUUGAUAAGUUUGGAUAAGAUACAGGUUGCUUUGUUUGAGAGAGACGUCUGUGGAGGAUCAAAAACAAACAUCCUUCAGUACUCGAUGGUAUUAUUUUGGAACAACAAUUUUGAAGAUGAUCAAUGGUUUUCGAGAUCAUUGUUUGUUCUUGGAGGGCAUAUGCUUGUGUGCAUUGAGGAUAUCUCGCAGUUUGGUUUUGAUUCGCAGGACACGUUUACUCCAUAUUUCUCACUUGAUACGUGCUGUUUAGUUGUCAAUGCAUUAGAAAUGGUCAUAGACACCAAAGAGAGCUAUUGUGUGACAUUAGCUCUCAACUAUGUUGCAUCAGAGUUCUCCCCUUGGGACACAGUUAGAAAAUCAGAAAAUGAAUCAGUCAGCACCCGGGCUACAGCUCCCAUGACUUGGAAGAUGAGAUGGUUUAGUGAAGACGGUUUAUUCAAGUUUGUUGCGCUUCUGAAGGCACUCCAUGCGGGAGCUGAACCUGCAUCUCCUUUGAACAUAAGAUACGUACCUUAAAUCUGUAAAUUUUGUAUUUGUUUGUAGAGUAAGGUUUUGCGGUUUUGUUAGCAUUCAUUUUAUUCAUUGGUUCCUUUUUUACGUUUUCAAGUAUAGUCGCUGUAUUGUGGGUAGAGGAUGGUAUUUUGUACAGAAUAAAUGUACAGUGUGUAGUGGUUGAAAUGGUCUCAUAGUUCUAUUUAUUAUUUUUUUUUUAUAAAGAAAGCACAUCAGUGAGAGUUAGAAAUG